AUGCCUACGUCUGAGGAGAGCGAGAUGGAGUCCGCCUCUCCAUUCAACAAUGGAAAUCUCGGCACCUUCCCAGAUACCUCCAGAGUCCUCGACCUGCAGCGAUCGUUCGAAAUAUUAGAUAGCGUCACGAACGUCGCUGGAUCCCGGCUUGUGUUCCUCGGGACCCUAGCACUGCUGCUAGUAUGGACGAUCUUCGGCAUCGUGCUCGGCGCAACAGACGUCUGGCAAAUCGUCAUGCAAAACGCAUCCUCGAUCCAAUGCUACGUCUCCGAUACGCUGCUGAUGCGACAACAAGCAAACGCAACGCAUUCGUUCCUCGUCUCGAUUGCGGAGAUGAGGUCACGUUCCGCCAGCUGUCUUCGGAUAGUUCGCUCGCUGUCGCCUUCCCAAUUGCAGGAACUCAAGGAUUUGCAAACAUCCAAGUUCAAGAAGUCUUCUUCGCUUCUCACCCGUGAUCAAAACAGGAAAGAAGGGAAGGCCAAUCUUUUCGAUAGAGCAUGUGAUGCCGUAGCCCUCGCAACUGGUUCCCUCCCCGCCCUUACCGUCUACUUGGUCGGUGUCUUCGUGUGGCUGGGUCUCGGGCCACUCUUCAAAUGGGGCAACAUCUGGCAGCUCUACAUCAACACUGCCGUCGCCGUGGAACUAACCUUUACCUCCAUGUUUCUGCAAAACGUGCGGCGGCGGCACUCUGACACCCUUUCCCGCACUUUAUCCUCGAUCCGCACUCUCGACUCAUCUCUCGAGCUUAGGCUGCGAGAAAUAACCUGUGACACGGCCCCCAAUCCCAAAAUCGUGAUUGCACCACCGGAAACGACAAAGACAGAGAGGCUUAUUGACGUCUACGCCUACAUCGUAGGCUCAGGCGUCGGCGUCGCAUUCACGACGGUGGUGGUUAUUACGUGGCUAGGACUGGGUCAUAUGUUGAAGUGGAAUUCGAGCUGGUGGCUAAUUAUCGGUACUUACACUGGCCUUGUGGGCUUCAUUGAUGGGUUCGUUCUUCGGAACGUCUAUUAUAGACAAUCUGCCAUCCUGGAAGGGCAUCUUCAAGCCUUGGUCGCUGCUGAUCAGGAGGUGUUUACUUUUCUUGGUCUGCCGUUUUGUUUUGGCGGUGGUGAGGAAGAGGGUGAGAGGAAGAAGAGCCUGGGGUUAAGGAUUUCAGAGGGAAUGAUAUAUAUCUGCGCGAUGCCAUCUGCGGUUAUUGGAUCUUUAGGUGUGGUGCUGUCUUUGAUUGCUAUCGCUACUGGAUUGCGGUGGAGUGAGACAGGGCAGUUACUAUGUAAUACGCCGACUAUGAUUGUUGAGGGCUUCCUAUUGCUUGUGUUGUUUCAAGCGCAUAAUUUGGGCAAUAUCAAAAGGAGAGGGCAGACGAACUCGGCCACGGGAAGCUCCUUGUCGGAGCUGCCAUUCUUGUCGGAGCUCAAGAAUGGCACCUUGACAAAGGCUCUUUGGGGACUCAAGGGCGAAAUUCCCGAGGCUACAGCGGUGAGUGACUUCGAUCUCAUUCCUCUACACAAUACCCCCUUAAUUUUACUCCAACGGCAGCGUAUGAUGAUAGCAUCCCACGGUCAGUAUAUGCUACGGGACAUUGAUUGUGACUCGUGA